AUGCUCACUGGUCUAAGCCAAAGCCGCGUAGAGUUCCGAGCGAGGGAAGCUAGUGAUCUUUAUACACGCUGCAUAGGCUGGUUCAUCUGCAGCGAUCAGAGUCGUCUUCUAGAUUACCCUUUCUGGACAGCUGGUAGAGAAGGCUGUGGCCACCCGGACUUCAAGCUCGAAUGCAACGCAAAUUUUCCAGAGCUAAACAUCUCAUCCGUGAAGUACAGAAUCAUGCAGCCAAACUAUGACUCAACUGAUAUGAUAAGACUUGCCAGAUCGGAUUAUAUCGGCUAUCUUUGUCCGAACGAUCCUUCAAGUGCGCCAUUCAACGAAGAAGUCCUUCCAUUUGCUCCUAAUACAGAACUGAUAACAAUUUACCACGAUUGCAGCCGAGACUUUUCACAGUCUGUUUCUACUUAUGUUGGAAACCUUACUUGUGAGAAUGAUAGUGAUGAAGGAAGAAGCUACUAUGUGACAAGAAACAUCUCGUCCGCUCUACUUAAUGGGAUUAGAGACUCUUUAAACGACUUUGGGAGAUUUUGCAGAAACGUCAGCAUUCCUGCAUCUGGGCCUUCGCUGAACAGAUUGCUGAACGAUCGGACUCGAGAUAAUCUGCUGAUGGCUCUUGCAUAUGGUUUCGAGCUUGGAGUUAGCCAAGAAUGUCUGACGUGCAAGAACUCUGGUGGUGUUUGUGGAUAUAACCAGACCCUUCCCUCAACUGGAUUCGUCUGUUAUUGUGAAGAUGAGCAGCCACUUACUCGUAUUUGCAUUAAUACAAAAAAGGACCUCUCUAAGGGAGUACAAGCAGGCAUUGGUUCUGCUACUGGAUCAGCAAUUGUCAUUCUUAUAGCCGGAUUGAUCUGUACCAUCAUCAUUGGGAGAAGGGAGACGCAGGCAUCUCAACACACAACAACAAGCAAAGAAUUGCCAAUAACGUCUUAUUCAAGCAAAGAACCAUCUAGCUAUCCAACUUCCACAACAGUAUCCAGCAGCAAGAAGAAUUACAAAGUCGUAUGUUGGGGAAGAAAGACAUCAGAUGAUCCCAGACAACAGAAGCUAAAGGCCCUUAUACCACUGAAACAUUAUAACUACGCGCAAGUAAAGAGAAUGACAAAGUCAUUCGCCGAAGUGGUUGGGAGAGGUGGAUUUGGAACUGUCUAUAGAGGAACCCUUUGCGAUGGCCGUAGUGUUGCGGUGAAGAUCUUGAAAGACUCAAAGGGUAAUAAUGAUGAGGACUUCAUCAACGAAGUUUCAAGCAUGAGCAAGACCUCUCAUGUCAACAUUGUUGACCUUCUUGGAUUCUGCUCUCAAGGUACCAAGAGAGCGAUUAUUUACGAAUUUUUGGAGAAUGGAUCUCUUGAUAGGUUCAUCUCAAGCAAUACCUCAAUCAAUAUGGACUGGACGACACUUCACAAUAUCGCUCUAGGUGUUGCUCGAGGACUAGAGUACUUGCACCAUGGCUGCAAAUCAAGAAUUGUACAUUUCGACAUAAAACCACAUAAUGUACUCUUAGAUGACAAUUUUUGCCCCAAAGUUUCUGACUUUGGCCUCGCUAAGCUCUGCGGGAAGAAAGGAAGCUUGAUGUCACUACUAGACACAAGAGGAACGAUUGGUUACAUUGCACCAGAAGUGUUUUCAAGAAUGUACGGUAGAGUGUCCCACAAGUCAGAUGUGUAUAGCUACGGAAUGUUGAUUCUUGAGAUGAUAGGAGCAAGGAAAAAGGAAAGAGCUGAUCAAAACUCUGAAUCAAACGCAAGCUCAAUGUACUUUCCUGAGUGGAUAUACAAGGAUCUUGAGAAGAGAGACAAUGAAAGGCUUAAUGGGAAUGGAAUCACCUGCGAAGAAGAGGAGAUAGAAAAGAAAAUGACAUUGGUGGGUUUAUGGUGUAUUCAGCCUUCUCCAUCGGAUCGCCCAUCGAUGAACAGAGUGGUGGAGAUGAUGGAAGGAAGUGUUGAUGUUCUUGAAGUCCCUCCUAGGCCUGUUUUCCAAAUUACACCAGCGCCGUUUGAAGAAUCCUCUACCCUCUCAGAGGACAUUUCGUGUGGGAACAUCACCGCUGGUUUCCCCUUCUCCGGAGAGAAUCGUCCCCUAGCUUGUGGUUAUCCAUCGCUGAGGCUUCACUGCUAUAAAAACAAAACCUCUAUAAUCAUCUCAAACCAUCUGUACGAUGUUCUUGAUAUAGAUCAAACAUCUAACACUCUUAGACUCUCCAGAGCAGAGCUUCUAGGUUCUUUUUGCAACGUUACAUUCACAGCCACUACUUUACCUGCCGAGAUCUUUGAGCUUUCUCCAAACUACAAACACCUCACUGUUUUCUACCUCUGCGAUCCUAAGCUUCUUUAUCGUUCCAGUCAUACAUGUCCUGGAACAGGUCCCGUCUCAGUGUCUGAAAGCCUUGAUUAUGAAAACACCUGCGAUGCCAGUUUCAGAGUUUACGUUCCUAAGAGCUUCGUUCCAGAAGAGAAAGAGUUGAAUAUUACAAAUCUGGAAAGUGCUUUGAGUCAAGGGUUUGAGAAGAUACCACACAGGUUUGCUGCAAGGAGGUCUCAAUAUCAGGAUGCGAUAAACUCUACCUACCUUAUGAUGACCAAGAAUGUUCGGUUUGCAUGGAAUCUGGAAUCUGGGGGUGUUUGUGGAUAUAAUCAGACGCAGACAUCAAGUGAAUUAGUCUGCCAUUGUACAGACGAGCCAAAUAACCGCUAUUUCUGCGGUUCUUAUGUCCCCCCAAAUGCGGCAAAUGGAAGAAGUAAAUUCGGUGUAGGAAGAAGUAGAUUCGGUGUAGUGGCAGGUUCAGUAGGAGGUGGUUUUAUGUUUCUGUCCCUUGUCUUAGCAAUAUUUCUCCAAAUUUUCUCAAAGAGAAACAGAAAAGAAUCAGAAGAAUUGAGUCAACAAAACAUCAAGGCUCUUAAUCCACAACAGGACUCCAAGGCCCAACAAAACCUCAAGGCUCUUAAUGCACAGCAGGACCUCAAGGCGCUUAUUCCACUGAAGCAGUAUAGUUACGCAACAGUGAAGAGAAUUACAAAGUCAUUCGCCGAAGUGGUUGGCCAAGGCGGAUUUGGAACUGUUUAUAGAGGAACACUUUGUGACGGUCGUAGUGUUGCCGUGAAGAUCUUGAAAAACUCAAAGGGUACUAAUGGUGAAGACUUCAUUAAUGAAGUUGCAAGCAUGAGCCUAACUUCUCAUGUCAACAUUGUCACUCUGUUAGGAUUCUGCUCUGAAGGUUCCAAGAGAGCAAUUCUUUAUGAGUUUUUGGAAAAUGGGUCUCUCGAUAAGUUCAUCUCAAGCAAGAAGUCAUCGGGUAUGGACUGGAUGGCACUUUAUAAAAUUUCACUAGGAGUUGCUCGUGGUUUAGAGUACUUGCAUCAUGGCUGCAGAACAAGGAUUGUACACUUCGACAUAAAACCACAUAAUGUUUUGUUAGAUGACAAUCUUUGUCCGAAAGUUUCAGACUUUGGCCUUGCUAAGCUUUGCAAGAAGAAAGAAAGCAUCUUGUCACUACCUGGACACAAGAGGAACAAUAGGGUACAUUGCACCCGAAGUUUUUUCAAGAAUUUACAGUAG